CCGGGCUGCGCGGCGGAGCAGCGGUAACACCAUGGAGGCCGCUCCGCAGCCACGGCCCCGGCCUGGCGGGGCCUCCACCGCCGCCGCCGGUCCCCUCCUGCCGCCGCCGCCCCCGGAGCAGGAGCGGAAGCUGGAGCAGGAGAAGCUGUCGGGGGUGGUGAAGAGCGUCCACCGGCGGCUGCGCAAGAAGUACCGGGAAGUGGGAGACUUUGAUAAGAUCUGGCGUGAGCACUGUGAGGAUGAGGAAACUCUGUGUGAAUAUGCUGUGGCAAUGAAAAACCUUGCCGAUAAUCACUGGGCAAAAACUUGUGAAGGGGAAGGCCGAAUUGAAUGGUGUUGCAGUGUAUGCCGAGAAUAUUUUCAGAACGGUGGGAAAAGAAAAGCACUUGAGAAAGAUGAAAAAAGGGCACUUCUUGAUUCUAAGACCACUCCAGCUUUAAAUGUUCCCCAGGCUCCCAAGAUUGAAGAUCCUUUGCCAAACUUUGGCUUGACAAAUCAUGAAGCUAUAACAGAAGAAUUGCUCCACUCCUUGGGGAAGAUCCGAUUACUUGAUGUUGGUAGCUGCUUUAAUCCAUUUCUGAAGUUUGAAGAAUUUCUGACAGUUGGCAUAGAUAUUGUUCCAGCUGUUGAGAGCGUAUACAAAUGUGACUUCUUAAAUCUUCAAAUUCAGCAACCUCUUCAACUGGCACAAGAUGCUAUAGAUGCCUUUCUUAAGCAACUGAAAAAUCCCAUUGAUUCUCUGCCUGGAGAACUGUUCCAUGUCGUCGUUUUCUCACUCCUCCUUUCUUACUUUCCAUCACCCUAUCAACGAUGGAUAUGCUGCAAGAAGGCACAUGAACUUCUCGUAUUAAAUGGCUUAUUGCUUGUAAUAACUCCUGAUUCAUCUCAUCAGAAUCGCCGGGCUAUGAUGAUGAAGAGCUGGAAAAUUGCCAUCGAGUCCUUGGGUUUUAAACGCUUCAAGUAUUCCAAGUUCUCUCACAUGCACCUGAUGGCAUUUAGGAAGACUUCUCUGCAAACAACAAGUGACUUGGUUAGCAGGAACUACCCAGGAAUGUUGUAUAUCCCCCAGGAUUUCAACAGUAUAGAGGAUGAGGAGUAUUCCAGCACUUCCUGCUAUGUUCGAUCAGAUACCGAAGAUGAACAGCUAGCUUAUGGUUUUAUGGAGCUACCUGAUGCUCCUUAUGACUCAGACUCUGGAGAAAGCCAGUCUAGUUCAAUUCCUUUCUAUGAGCUAGAAGAUCCUAUAUUGCUUCUAAGUUAAUGUAGUUGUUGAAAUGCCCUUGCAGUCAAACCUCUUGCUUAACUAAUUUUGCUAUACUAACAUGGGCUUAACACACAAAAAUGGUUUGCAUAAAGAAAAUGCAAAGGUUUACAGAGUUUGCUAUUUUUUUCUACUUUUGAAUUUUAAAAUUUAUUCUUGUAUGAAAGUGAAAAAAAUACAAGUUUUAUGCAAAUGACUCAUGUCAUAGCAUAAAUUGCUGUUACUUUCUUUAGAUUUGUAUCACUAAUUUUUUUUCCAGAAAGGUACCAUUCUUUUCUUUAGUGCUGUGAAGUGUGAAUUCUAUUUAAUUUGCUAAAUGUUGUUUCAAUAUUUUAACUCAAUGUGGUUGAGCUUAAGGCACUGGAGUUGGUGGGCUUCUGAGAAGUAUAUGUAGGAAGAAAUAAUUUGCACUUUAAUUAAAUGUGCAGAUAGGUUAAGACACUUGGUUACGCAUGUCCCUUCUUAAUUAUGGAACAAAACUUUUUUCCAAAAUUUGUUUCACUCCGGUUAAACCUGGGCUGGAGAAACUAUAAUGCUUGCACAUUUGAUUUUAUGUUUAUUGCAGCCCUCUUGAGACACCACCAAAACGAGAUAACACCACAACACUGGAAUAUACUCAUCCAUAGUUAUACAUACUGUAAUUUCAUUGCAUAAAUAGUAGUUAGACAUGAGAUUUCUGAAAAUGUUAUCCCCCCCAGAGGAGUACGGUACGUCUAGUCAAUUAUGUUUCACUUCAAAGCUGGAACAUGGUUUUGCAAUUUUAUGAGUGUACAAGCACUAACACAUAUCAGUAUUUCCCCAAUGAUGGUGUUCUGUAUUCUCUUCAAACUGUGUUUUUUGGGGGACAGGGCGGGGUUUGUCAUGUUUUAAAGUAAAUUAUUUAUGCAUUUUAAAAACAACCAACUCUUUCUUUACUUGUCCUUAUUUGUAGACAUCCCAAGUUAUAUGGUAACUACAGACUGAUUUUGUAAAAAGGAAGAUAAUAAUACAAGUUUUUCAAGGAUA